ACAAGGUAUAUAUUGCAAUCCCUAGACAAUGGCAUUCAGUUCAGCACUCGCCGCUGUCGUUCUCGUCCUUGUCGGGUCGCCUUCUUACCUUUCUCUUACGACUCCAUCGAUCGCUGCUCCAAAACCCUAAUUUUCUUUCUGUUUUUUUUUUUUUGCUGGUUCUGGAGGCGGAGGAGAAUGGCCGGGGCCGCUCCUGGGCAAUUGAAUCUCGGCGAGUCUCCCUCGUGGGGGUCGCGAAGCGUCGAUUGCUUCGAGAAAUUGGAGCAGAUCGGUGAAGGCACGUAUGGUCAAGUGUACAUGGCACGAGAGACCAAAACUGGGGAGAUAGUAGCACUGAAGAAAAUUAGAAUGGACAAUGAAAGAGAAGGGUUCCCCAUAACAGCGAUACGGGAAAUCAAGAUUCUAAAGAAACUUCAUCAUCAAAAUGUGAUUCAGCUCAAAGAGAUUGUAACCUCUCCAGGUCCUGAGAAGGAUGAGCAAGGGGAGCCAGAUGGUAACAAGUACAAAGGGAGCAUCUAUAUGGUUUUUGAAUACAUGGACCAUGAUUUAACUGGCCUAUCAGAUCGACCUGGGAUGAGAUUUUCAGUACCUCAAAUUAAGUGCUAUAUGAGGCAGCUGCUCACAGGUCUGCAUUAUUGUCAUGUCAAUCAAGUACUCCACCGUGACAUUAAAGGAUCAAAUCUUUUAAUUGAUAAUGAAGGAAAUUUAAAACUUGCUGAUUUUGGUCUUGCACGAUCAUUCUCAAGUGAUCAUAAUGGCAAUCUUACAAACCGUGUCAUUACUUUGUGGUAUAGACCUCCAGAGUUGCUUCUUGGUGCUACCAAGUAUGGUCCUGCUGUUGAUAUGUGGUCUGUUGGUUGUAUAUUUGCUGAGCUUCUUCAUGGAAAACCAAUCUUGCCUGGAAAGAAUGAGCCAGAGCAACUCUCCAAGAUAUUUGAACUUUGUGGAACUCCUGAUGAACUUAACUGGCCUGGCGUUUCCAAGAUGCCUUGGUACAACAAUUUCAAGUCUUCUCGUCCAAUAAAGAGACGGGUCAGGGAGACAUUUAAGCAUUUCGAUCGUCAUGCCUUGGAAUUGCUUGAGAAGAUGCUAACCCUCGAUCCAUCUCAGAGGAUAUCAGCAAAGGAUGCACUUGAUGCAGAGUAUUUCUGGACUGAUCCUCUACCUUGUGACCCAAGAAGCUUGCCAAAAUACGAAUCUUCACAUGAAUUUCAGACCAAGAAGAAGCGUCAGCAGCAAAGACAGCAGGAGGAAACUGCAAAAAGGCAGAAACUACAGCAUCCACAGCCACACGCUCGCCUGCCACCCAUCCAGCAACCUGGUCAACUACACCCCCAGAUACGGCCUGGUCCAAACCAGCCCACCCACAAUGCCCCGCCACAUAUGGCUGCUGGGCCAAGCCACCAUUACGGCAAGCCUCGGGGACCCCCCGGAGGUCCCAACAGGUAUCCUCAAGGUGGCAACCCAAGUAGUGGAUAUAACCCUAAUCGAGGAGGCCAAAGCGGAGGCUAUAAUAGUGGUUCGUAUCCUCCACAAGUACGUGGACCACCACCUUAUGCCGGGAGCAGUAUGCCUGGAUCUGCUGGCCCUCGCAGUGGGACUGGCAGUGGCUAUGGAGUCAGCGCGCCUAAUUUUUCACAAGGUGGAGGUCCGCCUUAUGGUGCUUCGGCCGGAGGUAGAGGCGGUGCUAACCUGAUGAGCGGUAAUCGCAAUCAACAGCAUUAUGGCGGAUGGCAGUAGCCAAAAUUGUGUGCAAUAGAUGUACUGAUGUUAACAUGGGAAUGAGGUGUGAUCAUCUUUGCAACAUUCUUAGAAGCUUAAAAUUGUUGUCUGACAUCAAGUUUUGAGUAUGGUGGUGUUACACGUUGAAAAUGAUAAAAAUGCUUAAGAUAACAGGCUUUGGUUAA